ACUCGGGUCUAACGCAACUUCGGAAAACGAUCCGAAGUUUAAAACUGCAUUCCCGACUGGAGCCGAGUGAUCACGAACUGCAGCCGAAGAUAGACGCUUCUCGAAGUUUCCCGAACCGUCCGCGAGUUACAGGCGUUUCUUUAGCCGGCAAACCAAACACACACAGAGCAAGCUCCUGUCUCUCUCAUACACUUACACAUACUCUUACUCACACACACGCGCACGCACGCGCGCAAACUAUCUAUCCCUCUCCGUGUUUUAUCCGCUAAUCUGUGUUUGUGUGUGUUAUAAUGUCAGAGCUGUGUUAUAACCGGGGCUGCGGGCAGCGCUUCGAUCCGGACAGAAACCCUGAGGAUGCAUGCACUUUUCAUCCCGGGGUUCCAGUGUUCCACGAUGCUCUGAAGGGCUGGUCCUGCUGUAAGAGACGCACAACAGACUUCUCAGAUUUCCUUAACAUUUCUGGCUGCACUAAGGGUUGCCAUAAUAAGGAAAAACCCCCAGAGCCUGUGAAGCCAGAGGUAAAGUCUUCUGGAGAGAAGAAGGAGCUGGAAGACCUGAAGCCCCGUUUUGAUGAGUACAUCAUUCAGGCUCCAAAACCUCUGGAGUUCAUCCAGAGACCCAGUGCUGAGGAGCCACUGGUGGACCUGCAGCAGAAGGUUUCACCGUCCCUUCAACAGGCACUUGAAAAACUCAAGCUAGCCGAGACAAAUGCGAGCACAGAGAAAGUCGAGGAUGGAAAUGAAGUGAAAUACGGAACGGUGUGUAAAAACAGAGGCUGCUCUAAGAAAUUCUCCGGACCAAAGAGCGACGAGGAGACAUGUGUGCAUCACUCUGGGGUGCCCAUCUUUCACGAAGGGAUGAAGUACUGGAGCUGCUGUCAAAAGAAAACAUCAGAUUUUAACUCAUUUCUGUCUCAGGAGGGCUGCAGCAAGGGCUCUCAUGUGUGGAAGAAUGCAGAUGGGAAGAAGGUGGUGCCCUGUCGGUUUGAUUGGCACCAGACUGGCGGUCAGGUGACCAUCUCAAUCUACGCUAAGAACUGUAACCCUGAGCUGUGUUCAGUGCAGGCCAACAGCACUACUGUGUGUGUGCGUGCGGUGUUCGAGGUGGAGAAGGAGUUUGAGCAGAAGCUGAGUCUGUGGGGGGUGAUUGAUGUCAGUAAGAGUGUAGUUAACAUCAUGGCUUCCAAAAUUGAAAUCUCCAUGAAGAAGGCGGAGCCUAUGUCAUGGGCACGGCUGGACCUGCCCCCUGCACAGCCUCCAACCAGUGGUGAAAAGAAGGGCGGAGAUUGAAAGAGCCUGGAGAGACUGUCUAAACCAUAGACUGUAUAUAGCUGGACAGAGCAUCGUCUCUUAAAAGUGAAGCCACCUCAGGUCGGGCGCCCCCUGCUGUUCGGCUGCAGAAAGCUGUGUAACUCCACCCAUCCCCAUAGGUUUCAAUGGCAAAACAGAAAACUUUCAAUCACUUUUUUUUUCUAAUAUACUGUAAUUCUACCUCCAUUAUUUAAAUGUAACAGCUAGUGUAACCUCUGCUUAUAUUGUCAAAUUUUUAUAUCCCCACAGAAUUCGGUUUUUAAAACGUUAUUCGGCUCUAUUCAAAAAAGGUGUGGUUAUGGUAAAAGGGCUGCUUAUGGGCGGGACCAAUAACAGACCGUCAGCUCCGCUCCGCUCUGCAGUCUGUGACCGCGAGGCAGCCCUCAGGGGCGGGGUUAUUUAAAUGAGUAGGCGGUCUCUCCACAGCCUUUCUCCCUCCUCUGGUCUCUUCUGCGCAGACUCUGGUCUCUGAAUCGCCAAAAUGGAGGAAGAUUUUGGCUUCAUUUUCAUUGAAUGAAUGGGAACGGCGACACGGUGUCCAUCUUUAUAUACAGUCUAUGGUCUAAACAAUCUCAUCUCCACUGAAACUGCAGAACCAUUACAGGUUUCUACCACACUGACGCUCUGGACCACAUCCACCUUUACACACACUCACCUGCCUUAAUCUGACACACUGUUAUCAGAAUGAGCCUUGAACAUCCGCCUUUACCCUCCCAUAAAGACUGGUUUUGUCUGACCCUCAUAAACACACUGACUCUUUCACUUUGUCGCUGUUUCAGUGGGAUUCUGUGUAAAAUGGUUCAUUGGAGAGACUGGAGAUUUCUUUACAGUGGUAAUGAAUAAAACUCAGUAUCAGUUAUGAUAACUGCAAUACACAUAUAGCAAUUUUAUUUAUUAUCCAAAUGCACCUGUGAACCUACACAACCUACACAAUCUUCUGAGAUUUAUAUGGAAUUAUGAUGAUGGUAAAUAAUGGAGAACGAAUACUGUUUUACUUGGGACAUUUGUUUUGCUGCACAAUGCCCUCCACAGGUAUGCCUUCACCAUGAAUGGAUUUAGAAAUAUAAUUAUACAUUUAAGUUCUUAAAUAAUUUCUGUUUGAUCUCUGUGUCUCACUUCCUGUAUGUAUGAACAAGUACAAAUCUGCCUUUUUUAUAUUCUAAUGUUGGAAAUACUGUACAAUAAGGGUUUCAAAUAAUAGUGCCUAUGACAGUAAUACACAUUAAUAAAUAGUUAAUAGUUAAGUAAUGUCUCAACUAGUUAUUAGUUGACACAAAUUAAGACUUUAUUAAACAUUACCAAAUUUGAAUGCUUAAGAAUAUUGCAAUAAUAAUAAAUUAAGACAAAUAAAUUAUUUUAAAACAUUGUAAUUAUUAAUAAUGGCUUAAUUAGUGAAUUAAUUAAGUGAAAUUAAGUGUGAAUUAAUAAUUAGUUUAGACAUUCUAUUGUAAUGACUGUUUAUUAAUGUACCCUGAUUCAGCUCAAUGUUGAGGAUACAUUUUUGCAGUUUUGCCUUUUUUUGCUCACCUUUAGGUCAUACAAAAACCUGUGACCCCUUUUUCUCACCAAUCUCUGCCUUAAAGAACCAGUAAAACCUCUAGUGCUGAUCACCAGCUCCUCCUGUCUUUUACACUAAGUUGUUGAAUGUCCUACAUGUCCAUCUCUAAUCAUAUAGAUUAUUUAUUUAUUUUUUUGUAUUGGUAAAAUGUCUUUUGGAAAGAGAAUCUUUUUAAAAAUUCACGUUGUAUCAGGGUCAGUGGUACAAAAUUACAAUAUUGAUCCCUGUGAAUAAAAAAAUACAACUCCUGUUA